GUCAUUUGUCAUAAUGUAAAGGAUAUUUACACGUUAAUAAAUGUAUAUAAAAUAUAUACAGGGUCUCUGUCAGUCAAGGCUCAAUACAGCAGAUUAUGCCCUAUUUCUAGUAUCUUCUGCUUUCCAAGGUCUCCAUGGAAAACACCGUCUUCCACUGCUGACACGUGUUUACCGAACCACUGGAUAGGAAAGGUCGUGGCGCGAACUAAAUAGAAGGCAGUCUCUCUAUUGUUGAGUUUUGUUUUCCGAGCCGCUGCUUAGCAAUGCUCUGGCCAUCCAUGUUACAAUAGCUUCAUUAUAAAUUGAAAUUUGCUGCCACUAUAUUUGAUUUAAAUCUGACGUACUUCAUGGUCAGUAAAGGUGCAUAUUCUGUUAUUGUUUUGCAGAUAUUAUCUAUGAGUCCGUUAUGACAUAUCUAUAAAAUGAGUUUGUCUGUCUGUCCACCUGUGGCGUUCUUUUACAUGUCAAUAUCUCAGACUAUAUGUCACUGAAUGGCCAGAUUGGUAAAUAGUGAACUUGAAAGGAUUUGGAAGGAAGUGGUCAUGGCCUAAUCAAGGUACUAUCGGGGCAUCUGUCAAGGCUGACUGAAGAAAACUUCAGAAAGAGAACUUAAGCAAGAUAGCCAGUCUUCCAGCAGACGUUUGAAUGGAAUAUCUCCUAAAUAGUACUACAAGUCUUGAGUGUUGUCACUACACUAGCUAGCUCAGUGAACUGUCCCUAUAUCAAUCUGCAGAACUUCUGGAUUUUUAACACUUGUAAAUGUGUUAUUCUGUAUACUGUAUAAGUGCUAAUGUUACGAAAGACAAAUACAGAUAAAAAUACCUGAAGAAAUGUCAAUCUGAUUUUAAAUUUCAGUGCUCCUGCUUUGAAUUACAGAUGCUUUCAAAAUGAGUAUCAUAAUAAUUGUGACAUACUUUUAAAAAUAUGAGAUUUGAACAUAUAUUCUUUGAAGAUUUACAGUCACACAAAGGUUGUAUGGGUGAAAGUGCUCUUGUCUAUACUGUAUUCAAUUAAUUAUUCAUACAGGAACAAGAUUAGGAGGUAAUUAUAUUCAUUACGUAGACCUGAGCUUCCUGUGCAUUGUCUGUUCUGAAUUAAAUUCAUUACAUGAGCAACAUUUUAGAGGUGUUUAAUAUUCUGUUGACGUCAUUCUUGCACAGAUUAUUUCAGCAGUAAACAUUUUUUUGUUUCUUUUUAUAUCCAGUAUUGAGCCUGUCUUCAUUAAGGAACAAUACACAGUGUUUCUUCAGACUUGACAGUGCUUCCCAAAUUUUCUGAAACAAUGACAACUAUGGACAAGAAGGAUGUGGGCCUGAGAAAUAGCAACAUCCUGGAACUAUUUCAGGGUGCUCAGGUCCUUCUCACUGGAGCAACAGGAUUCAUGGGUCAGGUGCUAAUGGAGAAACUUCUCCGCACCUGUCAAAUAGACAAACUCUACAUAAUCAUCAGACCUAAGAAGGGAAUGACAGAAAAGGAACGCCUUAAGAAAAUAUUUGAUAGCAGUCUGUAUGAACGACUACAGCGGGAACAACCAAACUGCAUCAGCAAAGUUGUUCUUGUCACAGGUGACAAUGAACAACGAGGACUUGGACUGAGCAAAGAGGACCAUGCUCUGUUAGUCCAUCGGGUUAACAUAAUAUUCCACGCUGCGGCAACAGUUCGUUUUGAUGAAAAACUUACAACAGCUGUUGCCAUAAAUAUUCUAGGAACUAAGGACAUGCUAGAUCUAGCAAGAGAAAUGCCACAUUUGAAGGCAUUUGUACACUUUUCUACGGCAUAUUCAAAUUGCAUAAUGAAAGAGAUUGAUGAGAAGUUCUACAUGCCAGCUAUGAGGUGGACUGAGGUGGUGCAGCUGGUGGACUCUCUGGAUCAAGAGACAACUGAAAUUAUCACGCCAAUUGUGCUAGGUGAGUGGCCAAAUACGUAUUCAUUUACAAAGGCGCUUGCAGAAGAUUUGAUCAGAGACGAGGCCAGAGGUCUUCCAAUUGGCAUAUUACGACCUUCUAUAGUUGUGAACACUGCAAGUGAACCUGUAGUGGCUUGGAUCAACAAUGUGUAUGGUGCAGCAGGAGCAGUGACAGGUGCAGCAAUUGGCCUUCUUAAGUCCUUGCACUGUGACAAAGACAUCGCAGCAGACAUGGUUCCAGUUGAUAUGGCCAUCAACGCUGCAUUAGCCAUUGCUUGGGAAGUGGCACAGCAUACGUCUGAAAACAAACCAGCACAAUAUCUGAAUACUAAAAUGAAAACUACAUGUAAGAAUGAAGAUAUAAUUCCUAUAUACAAUUAUGUAUCAUCGACACAGAAUCCCAUUACAUGGGGCGAGUUUAUGAAAUUGAACGAGUAUGCAAUUAACUACCCAUCUUUGAAGUGUAUAUGGUAUUAUUUCUUCACGCUCAACAAGCACAGGUUCAUCCAUAAUAUCUACGUCAUAUUUUUACAUUUGUUGCCAGCUCUAAUCACAGAUAUUGGAGCUAAGAUCAUGGGGAAAAAACCAAUAAUGUGCAAGGCAUACCAGAAGAUUUCCAAGUUCACUGAUGUUAUUGCAUACUUCAGCACUAAGCAGUGGAACUUUCAUAAUAACAACGUCCAGAAUCUCUGGAAAAGGAUGAGUCCUCAAGACAAGAUUCUAUUCAAAUUUGACAUGGCUUUGCUAGACUGGGAAGUGUACCUUUCCAGCAUGAUUAAAGGAAUACGGUUUUACUUCAUAAAGGAUUCUUUUGAACAUGCUGAAAAGGCAGAGACUCGAUACCAAAGACUGAAGUAUCUGCAUUACACAAUAUUUUACUCAGUUCAACUGAUGUUACUCUAUGUGGCUUACAAGAUAGUACUUCACUAUUGGAUCACCUUCAAGGAUGUUUUAUUGGAAAUACUACAGUAGAAACCCAGAAUUUCCAAGUAUAAUGCUACAACUGCCUAAUACAACUAUAUGUAGUUUGUGAUUUGUGGUAUUCUGUCCAUCAAGGCAACCAUGAAAAUAAACUAACUGAAUUGUUUACAUUGGUUGUAUUCAAUAACUGGUACAUGUCAUCAUUAGGCAGCUUCCAUAAAUGUGUCUCAUGUUAGUGAAAUAUUCUGAUAUGGAUAAGUAACAUGAGAUGUACUUAAUGAAACUACCUAAAGAUGGUUCCAAAUGUGGACCAAAACAUGUAGCAGUUAUUAAACAAAACCAAUUUAAACAAUUUGUUUAUUUUCAUUGUUGUGUAGAAAGCUAGACCACCACAUAUGAUACACAACAGAAGUAAACAGUAAAGAUAUAUAGUUUCGUAGAAACAAUAUAUGAACUAACAGUCUCCUUAUAUAAAAUUGUAUUAAGUCUGUUUCAGUAUGAAAGUUUAGAUUGAAUGAUGAGCUGAUUUUGCCAUUGGAAGGUAUAACAUUCUGUUCAUCAUGAACAGAAAAACCAUUGUACAAUACUCUUAUGUAACUGUUUUGUGGUUGUUACUACAGCAUCUUUCAUGCCGCAUUUUAAGAAAAUUGUCAAAUUAUUUACCCCAAAAAGUGUUUAAUGUUGAUGAGGUUGAGCUGUCAUUCACAAUUUGCUUUCUUCACUUGAGCCAUGGGUGAAUACAAUACAUAAUGCUAAAUUUUAAAUAAAUAAGUUUGUAACAUAGAGAAGAAUACACAAGUAAACAGAAUAACAUUCAUAUUGUCUAUAUUGUAUUGCAUACUAUGGGCACAAAGAAAAAGCGAAUGUAACGUAUUCAUUUCCUAAGUUUCUUAAGAGAAAAAUGGGUCUGCUUAACAUUAUUUCACAUAAUGUCAUGGUUUACAAAAAUAUAUCCACGAUGUUGAAAGUUGAUGUUAAAUGAGGAUCUGCUAUAAUAAAGUUACAAAUUUUAUGCACAAUUCUUAUAUCUUAAACUGAAGUCCUGUACAGUCACAUAAGCUAAUAUCUAUUUUACUGUUUAUUUCUUAUUUGUAGUUUAUUUAAUGAUAUUAGUAAUUCAGACUAUACAGUAACAAAUAGCUAAAUGAUAUUCAAUUGGAAAGGAUGCAGAAGGAAGCAGUUGUAGAAUAAAUUUAAAGCACUGCCCUGGGAUUUUCCUGGAGGGACUGAGGAAACCCACAGAACAGACAUCAGGGUAAUCAGUGUCUUAGUCAAGGUGUGAGCCAGGAACCUCUAAGAGUACAAAUCGAAGUGUUACCACCUGAGUAAACACACCGAGUAUAUUUUGCUAUCUUAGAUAUCAAUGCUGGAUGGAAAAGACACAGCUUAAUAUGAACUUUCUGCUGUCUCCUAUAUCAUGAUGUGAAGGUAUGGCAAAGAGUUCUCCAAAGUCUGGGCUUUGUUUUGUAGUUUUUCUUUUCCCUCUUCAGUAUGUUUUAUCACUCUGUCCCACUUUUGUCUUAGUCUCCCUUUUGCCUGUUUUACCCCUUUAGGAUAAAGCUUAAAAUAAUAAAUAUUGUCAGUGUAGAAGUGACUCUUGAAGCUGUUUUGUCUGGAGAUUGGAUUUAUUGACCACUUUAACACAUGACUCAUAACUACACUUCAUUAUAGCAUCAUCGCUGAUCUCCACACUUUACAAAUCACUAGAAUACACAGACUAGUGUUCACAGUCUGUUACAGUAUCCACCAGUCAUUUCCUAACAAGAGCUUCAAACAGUAGAGAUUCUUCAACUGCACUUACCAAGUCUUAUUUUCACAGACUCCCUUACAAUUCUCUCAGUGCUUCAACCAACUAACUCCCAGGAUAGCGGCCAUUUCACACCAACCUCCUAGUCUUCUCUCAACAGACUGACUUUUAGCUAACUUAAGCUCUAAACUUGUCCCAUUGAUAACCCCUUGGUAUGGACCGAGUAGACAACACCGUUUCCAAUAUUUCCUCUAUUACUGAGUGUUGAUUCAUCGCUGCAGACACACAUUUACUGCACUGUUGCUUACCAAUACCAGUGGAGUGGAGCACAGAAAACAACACUUCCAACAGUUCCUCUGUUCUUGAGUGCUGAUUCAUUACCAUAGGAACCUGUCUGUUUGAGAUCACUACCUAGUAACGGAUCUACAUGCCACAAUAUUUAACUGUGUUUGCAUCCUUCUUUUUUUAUUUAAUUAACAGCAUAUUUACAAUCUAUUCUCAAUAAUAUGGAGUAUUAAGUAAAUUUGUUCUAAGUACUUGUCUUGAGUAGAGAAGUCAUUCACUGAUGAUACUCUGACAGGCCCUGUAGAGGAGUGGCAAUGGUUUUAAUCUUUGUCAUCUGAGCGUUGUGGUAGGUCAGACACCCACUGUCUCCUCAACCUUCUUAUAUUUGGUGGGUUGCUAAUUUCUACAACUAGUCUGUUAUUGUGUCCAAAUACACAAUCCUUGUUCAGCCACCCCUUUCUUUCUUUGUGCACCGUUUUGGUGAUGGGAUGAAUAGCAUAUUUUUUUAUUUAACCAUUCCCAAUAUCACUGUAUGCUUGUUGCACUGCAUUUUGAUGAAACAUGUUUUGCUCAUCACAUAAUCAUUAUCAUGUUUGUAUAUGGAAUUAUGUUAAGCUGAUACACUAUGUAUGCUUCAGGCAGUUGUCAAUAGAAUGUUUCAAUUCUG